UAAACUUCCACAAUGAGCACAAUAGAUAAUUACACUUUAAAGAAAAAUUUAGGAUCAGGAGCUUUUUCAAAGGUAAAGUUGGCUGAAACUCCAGAUGGGAAGGAAGUUGCGCUGAAAAUCUCCCAAAGAUCCCAAGACAACGAAAAUAUCUGAAAGCAAGACAAUCAGGAGUUGUUCUAUACAGAGGCUGAGGCUCUUCAGGAACUUUCCCAUCCCUAUAUAAUCAAGUAUUUUGACCAUGCUGAGGUAUCUUACUUUGUACGUAAGGAUGGAACUUUUACCAAAGUGAGAUACAUUGCUUUGGAGUACCUUCCUCAAGGUGAGAUCUUUGAUUAUGUAGCCCAAUCUGGGAGGUUUGCUGAGGAAGAAGCUAGAUACUAUUUCAAGCAGCUCCUUGAAGCUAUCGAAUAUCUACACUGAAGCGGAUACGCUCACAGAGAUAUUAAGUUAGAAAAUAUUCUCAUGGACGAAAAUUUUAACUUGAGACUUGCUGACUUUGGCUUCGCAACAAGAUCUCGUAGGAGUUGAAACAGAAAAGGGACGUUUGGCUAUAUGGCACCAGAAGUACUAGCUAAACAAGAAUAUGACUGUAGACAACAUGACCUGUACGCGGCUGCGAUCGUGCUCUUUAUCCUAGCAACUGAGCAUCCUCCUUUUACAACAGCUGAUCCAGAGGAUCAAUAUUUCAAGAGAAUUUGCAAUGAAGAAUGGCCAGAAUUCUGGAGAGUUCAUCAAGAGUGCGAACUUUCGGAAAGCUUUAAAGAUCUGUUGUCUCAGAUGCUUGCUUAUGAUCCCAAUAAGAGACUCACUCUGGCCCAAAUCAAAAAACAUGAAUGGGUUAAUGGUCCAGAAAUUUCUAGAGAUGAGAUCUUUGAGAGAUUCACCAAAAGGAGAAAUUUGCUGACAAAAACCCAUCAUUCUGGGAGAAGUUGAUUUGAAAGGACCUUCCCAACUCAGAGAAUAGUAACUGACUUCUACCAAGUUGAAGAUGGAGAUCAGUUGCUUGACAUUGCAAUUAAAUUUGCAUGUAAGAACAAGUACAAGUGACAAAAAUCUAAGACUUAUUUCAGAGCUCAAAUUAAGGUUGAAGAGUUCGGUGAAGAGACUAUUAUAUUAAUCAGUAUCCUUAAAAAGCCAAACUCCUACAAAAGAGCUGUAGAGUUUAGAAAGACUUCUGGAGAUGGUAUCACCUUCAAUUCGACUACUAGAAAGUUGAGGAAAUACCUUGACUUCUUUUUCUCUCCUUAUCAGGAAGAUAAGGAGAAUGUAGCUAAUUAAUUUCAUUUUUUAUAAGAUACUCUAAAAUCAA